CCAAUACUCGCAAAGCUCCUGCAGGCCUGGUGAUCCAUCGCUAUUGCUCCCCUGGACGUGACUUCUGGAAAAGCCCCCGCCUCAGAACAUCUUCGCACACGCGCACCAGGCCGGUUCCUGUGCUGUCGGACGGCGGGCUGGGCGACAUACGCUGCACACCACUAGCGGAGCUUUCGCAACAACUUCCCAACUUCGACCCUGCGAUCCCCGGCCACGUUCUGUCUGCACUUGGACGUACACACCCCGCCGACGGAGCCCAAUCGCCUCUCAUGAUCUCCGCCUUGCUGCACGACUUCCAGACUGGCCGUUUCAAUGGCACUCCAAGUCGCAACCCUCGACGAACUGCACAAACACGACGCCCCGCCACAGAGUACACAUCGAGCGGGUGAUAGAGAUCGCCUGCGGACGCGCAUCAGGACUCUCGUGGGCUUCUGGGAGACAUUGACUGCAAAUCGAAAUGUUGCAUUCACGGAAUUGUGGAAGCCCUACAGGGACGCAGCGCAGGAAGUCGGCGCGCUGCCGAGUUAUGAAGAUUGCUUGCUGGAUCUGCCCCCAGAAUACACCACGACAGGCCUGUUAGCCCAGGCGCACUGCGUGCAGACUGCAGAUGUUGCGACCAAUAACGCAUGGCCACGAACACCAUCCAAAACCACCGCUCAGCCUUUGCUCCGAGCGUCCCGCAUCGAGGUGGACUUUAAUGCCGAGGACUGCUAUCGCACGCACGCGGGAAAGAAGGCUAAGAAAGCAGCGAAGGCAGCAGCCCAGAGUAAGUGGGCAGGCAGCGAUAAUGAGGACAACAAGCAAGAGCCAUCUGGCGGUGGUGAUGGUGGUGGUGGUAAUGGCAACGAGGAAGGCGGUGGUGCCGGAGGAGCUGGAGACGGGGAGGAUCCUUCUGGCGGAGGCAAUAAUGGCGGCGACGAUGGGGGCGACGACUGGUCUGGCAAUACUAAGAAAAGCAAAAAGAAGAAGAAAAAGAGCCCUUGGGAGGAACAGGAAGAGGAAGAGGCAAAGCAGAAAGCCGAGGAAGCGGAGGCAGGAGCCGCUGACGCUGAUGCUGGCGGCGCCGCCCAGGCUGAUCCAGUCGACGAUUGGGGUUCGUUUGCACCAGUCGGCAAGAAGUCCAAGAAGAAGGGUGCCAAAGCAUGGGAGCCGGAGCCAGAGCCAGAGCCGGAGCCAGCGCCAGCGGACGAAGCUCCCCCCGAUGUCGCCAGCGAUCCGGCUCCAGCAGAAGAAGCAGCGGCCGAGGAUGGUUGGGGCGCCUUUGCUACUGUAGGCAAGAAGAAGAAGAAGGGCAAAACUGUAGAGCCAGAACCACCUAAAGCUGCAGAACCCGAGCCUACACCUCCCAAGGAAGAUGCGGACCCUUGGGGCUCUUUUCCACCAGUCGGGAAGAAGGACAAGAAGUCGAAGAAGAAAGGAGCAGCAGCAGCAGUAGAAGCAGAGCCUGUGCCGACAGCAGAUGCGCAACAAGACACGCCAGUCGAGACGCCAAUGGUGGAAGAUGACUGGACAUCUACCAGCAAGACGGGAAAGGCUAAAAAGAAAGGCAAGAACGAUCCGGCUCCUCCGCCGCCCAAGGACGACAAGAGCGACAUGAAAUUCGACGACAUCAACCUUGACGACGACAAAGCGGCACCGAAACUCGAUCUUGACUUUGGACUGGGGAAGAAGGACACGGCCAGCGAGGAGAAGAGCAGUUCGUUCAGCUUUGGCGGAUGGGGAGGAGGGUGGGGCUCUAGCAAUACAUGGGGCUUUGGCAGCGCUGCAAAUAAAGCUGAUCCCGAGCCGGAGCCUGAGCCUGAAGCGAAAGUGGAUGCUGGCUGGAGCUUCUCGUCCAAGACGACAAAGAAGAAAGAUGAUAAGAAGUCGUUCUCGAACACGUUCGGCUUCAAUGAUGAAGACGCGACAGGAGAUGCCGAGCCGUCCGCAGAGCCCAAGGCGGCAGAGGAGGAUCCAUGGGGCAGCUUCAUGAGUGCUAAAGACAAGAAGAAAGCGAAGAAGAAGGGCGCAGCUGUGCCUGAUGAACCAGAGCCCAUCGUGGAGGCUACACCGGAAGAGCCUGUGAAGGUCGAUGAGGAUCCAUGGGGAAAUUUCGCUUCUGCAAAGGACAAAAAGAAAAAUAAGAAGAAAAGCGCGUUGUCAGCCUGGGACGCCGUCGAUCCAGAGCCAGUUGUCGUUGUGCCCGAAGCAGAAGCAGAACCAGAGCCAGAGCCCGAGCCCGCGAAAGAGGAGAAGAAAGAGGAUGAGGACACUUGGGGAUUUGGUAUGUCAGCCAAGGACAAGAAAAAGGCCAAGAAAAAGGGUCAGCUUGAACCCGUCGUACCUGUGCCUGAUCCGGAGCCAGUCAUCGCGGAACCUGCAAAAGAAGAUGAGGACACUUGGGGAUUCGGCAUGUCAGCCAAGGACAAAAAAAAGGCCAAGAAAAAGGGUCAGCCUGAACCCGUCGUAGUUGUGCCUGAUCCGGAGCCAGUCGCGGAACCUGCAAAAGAAGACGAUGGGUUUAGUUGGGGCGCACCUGUGGGAAAGAAGAGCAAAUCGAAGAAAGCAACGUUUGACUGGUCAGAGGAUGCCACUGCUGCUGCUGCUGAUUCACCCGUGGUCGAGGCGCCACUGGUUGAACCUGAUGCGCCGCCUGCAGACGACUGGUUGAGCGGUGGGUGGGCCACAUCUGCCAAAGAUAAGAAAUCGAAGAAGAAGAAGGGCGCUGAGCCCAUAGAAGCCGUAGCGGAACCACCAGUCGCUGAGCUUGAGCCAGAAGCCAUCGUCGAGCCUGCAGCGGCAGACGACAGCUGGAGCAAUUCUUGGUCCACUGGUACCAAGAAAAAAACGGCCAAGAAGGGUGACAAGAGUAAAGGUGUCGUAGAGAUUGCCGAUUCCGCUCCUGACGCAACGGUGUUGCUGCCAGAAUCCGUGCAAGAGAAGUCUACCGAGGAUGAUCCAUGGGGCGAGCCAUCGUGGACUACUGGCAAGAAAUCCCGAGUGAAGACGAAGCCUCCUGCCGCGAAACCGGCAGCCAUUACAUACGACCCCGAACCAGAGGCUGUAGAUGUAGACAACACAGAGGCUGCACUUGAAUCGACGCCGGCAGCCCCCAAAGCUCCAGAGCCAGCAACAACAACCGACACAGCAGCCAAGACAGCAACAUGGGGCAGCAGCCUGUGGGGCAGCAAAAAGGAGUCGGCCAAGGAAAAGAGAGCCCGUGAGAAGCGAGAGAGAGAGGAGCGUGAGGCCGCUGAAGCUGCCGAAGCCACUCGCAUUGCGGAAGAGGCUGAAGCCCAACGCCUGGCCGAAGAGGAGGCUGAAGCCCAGCGCAUUGCCGAAGAGGAGGCUGAAGCCCAGCGCAUUGCGGAAGAGGAGGCCGAAGCCAAGCGCAUUGCGGAAGAGGAAGCUGAAGCCAAGCGCAUUGCGGAAGAAGAAGCCUUCGCUGCUGCCUUGGGCGACGAUCCCACAGAUCUCCUGGAUGACCUGGAUGCGAAACCUCCACCGCCACCACCUGUCGCGGCGAAAAAGAAGGGCUCCAAAGACAAGAAGAGCAAGAGUUCGAAGGUGACAAAGGUCGAGCCUGUAGAGAGCAAGUCCAGCAAUGCGGUCGAAGCGAAGGAAGAGCCUGUUGCAGCUGCAGCUGCCGAUGUGGAUACAGCAGAACCGGAGCCGAUGAUUACAUUCGACGAGCCAAAGAAGGCAGAUGGCUGGGGGUUCUGGGGUGCGGCGCUCAAACCAUCGAAGAAAGCCACAGCCGCUGCCGAGAUGAAGAAGGAUCCGUGGGCCGAUCAAGAUCAGGUCGUCGAAGAUUCUCCAAAGAUUGCAGAUGAUUUUCUUGCCGACGACAUCAUGCCAGCAACGUCGCCUCCCAAGUCAGCAGCGAAAUUGUCGUCCAAAUCAAAAGGCGUAAAAGGGAGCAGCGUCCGGAAUCGCAUCAACGCUCUGGGUGCUGAAGCGGUUGCUGAUGCCAAGCCUUCGAAAUCGACUCCACCUGAACCAGAGGUCGUACCGGAGCCGGAUCCGGAACCAGUGAUUGAGGUCACACCCGAGGAGGUCGUACCAGAGGAGGUUGUACCAGAGAAGAAGUCCGCAAAAGCCGAAAAGAAAUCCAAGAAGCUUAAGCAGCCUGAAGCACCUCCCCCGCCGCCAUCGAUUUCGCCAGUACCGGGAGGUUUUCCUGUCGAUGAUCUGCUCGAUGACAUCGAACCGGAGCCUCAGAUGGUGAUUCCGCCACCAAAGAAGUCCAGUAAGGACAAGAAAUCUAGCAGCAAACCAUCCAAAGGCUCCAAGAAGACAGUCGAGCCCGUGCCGGACUCACCGACAGUUGAGCCCGUGCCGGACCCGCCAACACCUCCAGCUGAUGCUGAUAAUGAUGAGCUUGUCGUCGUUGAUGAACCAAAGCUACCUACUCCACCACCUGAAGAAGAGACGCCUCGAGAGGAUAACAAGCCAUCCAAAAAGCAAAGACCAAAAGUUGUGCGUGACGACAAGUCGGCAUCAUGGGGCUUCUGGGGCGCAACGCCUGUGAAGAAGCCUGUCAAGAAGCAAGUGGAUCCAAAGAACGAUGCAGGAGCGUCAUCCAAGGCUACAGAGAAGCCAGCUGUGAUAUCUCGAUCAAAGUCCGCGCGGAAGACGAGCGACCGAGAUGCUCCUGAUAAGGAUUCCAAGUCAUCGGCUUCUGACAAGGGUCGCAAAGAGACCAAGUCUCGGCCGAGUACCUCUCGUGGAAUGAGCUUUGGAGGCCUGUUCAGCACGCCGCAGCCAUCACGUUCCAAGUCGACCAGAGUCUCAAGUUCCGCAACCAAGCCGAGCUCACGCCGCCACUCCACAGCGAUGGAGGACAUUGGCUUGGCAUCGCCACCUCCAGAAAUGUCUGCAAAGGCAGCAAAGCUCACGGGUGUCAAUCGCUCCAAGUCGACCCGGGAGAAGAAGACUCGCCUGAUUCCUGAUCCAUACCCUAUAGACUCGGACGACAUGAUCAUGGUGGAUGCGCCUGAAGACUCUGCCAAGGAUAUGGACGAACCUAAAGAAAAGAAGACGUCUAGCAGAUCCAAGCGACACCAAAUGUCUGGCGGCCUUGGUGAAUUGGACGAUGGCAUGGUUGACGAACAAGUCAAACUGAAUCAUGACCUUGACGACGGUGCCUUUGUCGAACGACCCGCUCCAUCUCGACGAGCGUCUACAAUGAAGAAGGCUGGCCUCAUGGGUGGCAUCUUUGGCGCAUUUGGUGCAUCUUCACGCCCAUCUGCGGAACGUCGACACAGCAGAUACGACGCUGAAGAUGCCGGCGCUUCCCGCCGAAAACGCGAUGCGGCAUAUGAUGAUGAUGGCUCAAAACGUCUGCGACGCGAAGACCGCAAGGUACAUCGCUCUUCGCGCAAGGCAACUGACGGCGAUGGCUUGACCGAUGCCGCUCCUAUCACAGAUGCGGAGGUCGAUGAAGCUCGAGAAGCGCGUAGGCGAGAACGGCGUGAACGUCGUGCUCGCGAAGAAGCAGAGGAGGCGGAUAGGCAGGCUCGUCGGGAUGAGCGGCGUCGAGCAAAAGCCAGGGAGGAAGACGAUCGCCAAGCUCGUGAAGACGAAGUGCGACGUGCUAGGAGACGUGCCCGUCGGGCCGAGGAAGAACGACUUGCUCGGGAAGAGGAAGAAGCACGUGCUGAGCGCCAUGAACGCAGGCGUCAGCGCGCUGCAGAAGAGACGCAUGCAAAAUCUUCCCGGCCGACGCCCGAUCGUCGACAUUCAUCUUACAUGGAUGCUGCUCCCGCAGAUGACGACGAAGCUCGACGAAUCCGCCGCGAGGAGCGGCGCUUGAGGCGUAGCGCUGAUGUUGGGGCAGCUGUAUCAGGAAGGGAUCGUGAGCGACCUCGCACUUCGCGGCGUCAGUCCGAGUAUCUUGAAGAUCGCAAUGACCGGAGGCGAUAAAACGUCUUCCUGGGUCCACUCUGUCAACGAUGCUCCGCCACCGCCCAUCGAAGGGACCAUCAUCGACGCCCCAGUCCACUAUGCAGACGACGCCGCGCCAGAUCCUCUGGAAGAAGGCGAGACGACAGCAAGAGAAUUCCGCCAUCGACGUGAACGACGAAGAGAUCGAGACGACGGCUAUCACGUGGACGACGAUUAUCGCAGACGUGAAAGGGUCAAGAGCAGCAGCGGGGAUGGUUCUUCGGGGCGACGCAGAAGUUAUGCCUCUCCACCGAGUUAUGGAGACAUGUAUGGAGGCGGAAUGCGCUCAUUCGAUGCUCGGCCAUCGAUGCCGCAGAGGAGUGAUAGCAAAAGAGGAAGCUGGUUCAAAAAGAUUGCAGGGUUGUAAGUGGCGAUCCUGGCGAGAGCACGCACGACACGGCGUUGAGGAAAUCUUUUUUCGCAUUUUUUGCAUAAUUGUUUCGGAAAAUGAUACCCUUCUGCGACUGCAAGGCCUGUGAGCCUUUUUAUCUAGCUUUGAAUGGAUAAAUUGACCUCCCUUUUUUGACAAUUGAGUAAUGACAGCCUGCGUUGGUGUGUGGCUGAGCCCCAGGCAUCGAGACGUUACCCGCUCAUGGCGAGAACAGCUGCCUAGAGAACGGGAACCGUGCAGGGAAUGGUCGGUCGGUCUCUCCAACCUUGAUGAUGUCGGAACUUGUUCAUGUGCCUACCUGCAAUUGAGUAGUGAGAAUUGUACCUAAGGGAGGUAGUAUAUGAAGGUGAUCGUUAAAAGGUACAAAGAAAGCGAUCAGCAAGGAAGCCCAGGCUAGGAGGUACUGUCGCGGCUGCUAUCGAGGACGUUAUCAAGAAGGAGGUUGGAAACCCCAAGAACCCUUUCGAGGGGAUGGAUUCUGAUGGCGACGACUGGAUUUGGACUGUCUGAGGGCAGACAGUCUCUUCAAAGAAAUCCCGGCACUUGUUCGCAUUGCUGAUAUGAUGAUAGAGCUGCUCGCGCGCAAACAAUACAGUAGAGAUUGGCCGGCUGGAGAGUGUGCUGUUCUCGACGCGCAGACCGUGCACACCAAGCAUCUAAGAGGCAGAGACAGUGCGCGGCGCUCAAAUUUCAAUACUUUCGAGUCGUGGGCUGUAUAUACAAAGAGUUCCGUCAGAUACAGGCGUCCUUCCGGGCACGUCAUGGAGCCAGAGAGAGUGCAUUGGUGGGCACCUUCAUAUAGUCUUUAUUGCGUAGAGAUGGCUGCUUGGUCGAAUGUAUUGUAUUUACUAGAUAUCCGCUUCUCACGAACCGUGUGUCGUAGUGUCGUAGUGUCAAACUGCCACUCUGUGCUUAUGAAGUAGGGAUCCACCUCUGAUCACGACGAUUGCAACCAGGAGGAUGGCAUUGAAAAUGGCCAUGAGGAAGAAUGGCGCUCCUGUAUGCCACUUGUCGAAUAAAAGGCCUCCAACUUUUGUCAAUAUCAAUAUUCCUGCUCCACCCGCAAAGCUAUACAUUCCAGCUAUACUGCCAGAAAGUCGUGCUCUGUCAAAUGUUGGUGGAGAGCCAGAGCGAGACACCUCUUGCAGUAGAGGUGCGCCCUCUUCCUCCGUUGUAGACUCAUUCUGCAGCAAGUCGCGAGCUAUAGGCCUGCAUGUGCGUGACGUGGCUUGGUUCACGCCGCGGCCAAGCAGUGCGAGCGAGCAUACAAUAGCUCCAAUUUGUGACAUACCGACCAGAAUUACAGAGAUAAUUGCCCAUUGCCCACCCACGUGGAACGGAUCUGGGUUCCUAAGCAAACCGAAGCUUACAUAUCCAACCACUCCGAGUGCUGUGGCCGCGAGCAACGGCCACUCCGAUUGACUCCUGGCUGCUCGCCCGCCUGCCCAGCCGAACAAAGGCGCACAGAUGAGUGCCGCCAGUUCGCCGAUGCCAGUGAGCGCUGCAGCUAAUUUGUAUGCGCGCUGGCAGUUCCGUUUGAUAUCAGUCAGAUUGUCUGGAUUCGAGGUACAGAGACCAGUACGCACAAAGUACGCGUUUACGAAGAGCGGAAUGAAGAGACUGAUUCCAACGGACGAUGCUCGUGCGACAAAGCCUCCAAGAUAUCCGAGCCCAAUCGCUGGGUCUGUAAAGCCAAGCUUGAGAGAUUCCUUGGCUAGCAGCACAUACGAUGGCUGCGGUGUCAGAGUGAUGUGGGGAUGGCCUUCUGGGCCAGUGGUCGUCGUCUCGUCGUAAGGGGCCCGGAAUAGGCCACUGAUACUUUUCUUCUCCUCUCCAGGCAGGUUGCGCAACCCAACGAAUAUACACACAGCCACGCAAAGCGCCACCACGGCAACAAUGUAGUAGCUGACUUGCACGCUUUCAGAUGGCCCGAAUCCAUCUUGCUGCAGAUGUGCAGGAAGUGGUAAGAAGAUAGAAAGCGCUACAAGGGCGCCAGCUCCAGUAAAGAAGCCGACAAGGCCAGCGAGCUGUGAAGUGCCCGCACUCGAGCCUCCUUCUUCGGCUCCUUCUUGCAGCAGAUCUUUGCCAUCUCCUGGAAAAGGCUGGGCAUUGGAGGCAAAGCUCGCAGGCGUGAUUGUGAGCUCGCUGUUGAUGCUAGGAGAGGCGGCGUGUCGGGCAACACCGUUGCUAGUGCCAUGCUCCUCCUGCUGCCUUGCCACGUGAUAACUUGUUGAUAGAGCGUCCUCAUCCUCUGCCGCGCUCGCUGGCAUCACCAUGGACGGGAGCACCGCCGUGACCAUCGUAGUGCAUGCUGCAGCGCCCAGACUGAAGCCCAGUCUGCCCAUCAGCAAGUCUGGGAAGACAUUGGUGCUCUGCACCAGACACGCCAGCGAAAUUGCGACAAUCGAGUAUCCCAGGACUGCCACCGUCCGCACACCAAUGCGAUCACUCAACAGGCCCCAGAGUGGACAGGCCACGAGGGCCAGACACUCGUCUGCGAAGCCCAGCGUACCCACUGCAUCGCCGACGCCCUCUUUCUGGCCAAUGAUGUCGGUGACGACGAAGGAGAUGC